AUGACAACGGCUUUAUUUAUCGGAAAACCAUUCGAAAGUGUUGCAGUACAAACUCUUGUUCUUAUUUUUGUAGCAUUUUUAUGGGGUAUAACCAAUCCCUUUUUGAAAAUUGGAGCGGAAGUUUCAAAAGAAAAUAAAAAACCUUGCCGAAGUAAAAUUUUUCGGAUUGUUUCGGAACUUUUUGGUUUAUUUACGACAGUUGAAUACCUGAUUCCUUUUCUUAUAAACCAAACUGGUUCAAUAAUAUACUUCAUUAUUCUCAGUAAGGCAGACCUUUCCCUUGCAGUUCCUAUAACAAACAGCGCAACUACAGUUUUUACUCUUCUUAGUGGCCGUCUCGUAGGUGAAAGAAAUCCUUCAAGAAGAACACUCGCGGGUUUAUUUUUAAUAACUACUGGAAUAUUUUUAUGUGUAUUUAGUAAAUUAUAAUCGAUAAUAACAACCUAUAAAAAUUAUAUGGCAAUACAAUAAAAGUCCAGCUUCCUGUUUAAAUAA